AUGUCCAGGCUUUCGAUUGAUUUCACUAUGAAGAGGAAAAGAAGUAACGUGUCACGAAAACCUAGGGCUAAUUGUGAUGCGAUAUUUAAGAGAUACAUUGGGUGGUUACCACAUGCUGAGAAUGAGAGUGUGAGAGAUCCAGUGGUUGUUUCUGAUGGAUUAGGAACUAAUAACAAGUUGAAGAAGCUAAAACUCAAGUUUGGGGGUGUUACUCAUACUAUUCAUACCAAGUCUGGUUCUGAUGGUCGAAACCCUAAGGUGAAUGACAAUGCAGAUAAUAAUGGUGCCCGGUCUUUUGAUAAAAAGAGAGAGCUUGGGGGAAAAUCAGUUAAGAUCUCAACUGGAUCUUAUUUUGCAGCUGAGAAUCAUUCACAUAAAAGAAAGACAACUGGACAGCAUUCCCGGAAGAGCAAGCAAGUUACUGAGAGAUGUUCCUUGGGCGUGGGAUUUAGCGACGAAGAGGGUGAAGAUGCAGAACUUCAAUUUCUUGAAAAAAUCAAUUCGUCAAAAAGAUCAGCUAGUCGUUAUAAAGAUAAUCAAGGAGGCACAACAAUGCGUGGCAUUUGUAAAGAUGCAUUAGAGAGGAAAUAUGGGGAUCGGGACUAUGUGGAAGGAGUCCCAACAUCAAGUGAUGAAUCAAUAUUAGAAGGGAAGAAGCCAAAGAGGGAGUCUGUCAAUAUGGUUGUACCAAGAAAGCAAUCCACCCGCAGUAAUCGUAAUUGUUCAGUUGACUCUUUCAACGAUAUGUUAUCUCGGCCGGUCGCAAGCAUUAUUGACAUCUCAGAUAAAAAGGCCAAAUUGUCAGAGGAGCAGCUAAUCAAGAAAGCCGAGGCCGCAAAGAGACGAAAAAUUCAAGCAGAGAAGGCGGCUAAGGAGGCUGAGGAGGCAGCCAUUAAGAAGAUACUUGGUCAAGAUUCUGCUAAGAAGAAGAAAGAGGAAAAGAUGAACAAGCGCAGGGAUGAAUUAGCAAAGGAAAAAUCUAGCAAACCGUUUCAUCUAGCAUCUAAAACUGUUCGAUGGACUAUGGGUCCCAAUGGGACUGUAGUGACUUUUUCUGAAGACAUGGGUCUACCAAGUAUCUUUCAAACAAUACCGAACAGUUAUCCUCCCCCAAGAGAAAAGUGCGCAGGUCCAAACUGCACUAAUGCUUACAAGUAUCGGGAUUCAAAGUCAAAGCUUCCCCUUUGUAGUCUUGGUUGUUACAAAGCAAUUCAUGGAAAAAUCUCUCCUGUGGUUGCAUGUUAA